GCCUGUGCAUUGUUUUGCUGCUCGUCUUCCAAUUCUUAUUUGGAAUAUGAAUUCAAGUAGAGGUCGUGGAAGAGCUAUAAGACGCUCCGAUGGUACAAAAUUGGCUUAUGAUUUUUUAAUGCCUAAAGGUACUGGUUCUGUAAAUAAUCACACAACUCCGAUGAAAAAAGCCAGUAGACUCGGCACUCACUCGGAGGACAGGACAAGUGAACUAACUUUCUCGCAUCAGACCAACUCUCAAAAACCGGCGACUGGGCAUCCUUCUGCUCCCCACCAGAAUGCUUCCUCUACUGGUUUUAGACAGCCUCCUGCCGCCAGUUCCGGGCAUCCGCAGUCGCAUGCCUCCGGUGUUCCUAAACAUCAGCCGAAUGGCCUCAUGCAAGGACAUCGUCGCCCAGUGGCCUCACACGAUCCGCCCCACCCGAUGCCUCGCGCUCAACCUCCUUAUAUAUCACGGCAGCCGGUAUCGGAAGAAGCACGGCCAGACCAUGUGGAUAAUACGGUGGGUCAGCGGGGUCAGUAUAUUUUGCCUGGUUCUGCUCCUCUUUCGGGGGCAAUGCCACACUAUACUGCUUAUCCCCAGCCGGCGCCACCCGUGCAGUCACAGGCUCCGGCACAGUAUACAGCGGGCCCCCCCGCCGCCCUCUAUGCUACCUACUCCCCGUACUACGCUAGUGUCUCCUAUCCGCAUUACAUGUAUUCUCAACGGAUUUAUGAACCAGCUUUAGAGCUGCCCACUCCCUCUUAUAGCUUCAAAGAACCGCCCGCUAAGCCCAAAUCUAAGGCCAUUGCUAUUAUUGAUCCCGAUACCAACGAGGAAAUCAAGUACGAGCAGGAUCACGUGAAAACCAGAGCUACUGAAGGGCAAGAGGACAGCGGAAAAGUUUUAGGUGCAGAUUCACAAGCGGUUUUGAAGGACAGCGAGUCACAAAAGAAGUUUAAAGGUGUACCAAUAGAUAGCCUAAUUCGUAAUGAAAGAAAACAGGUGAGCAUAAAUAUUAGUGAGGUUGUUAAAAUUGAAAUGGAAGAAACGGGUCAGAGUUCUACAGGGGACGAGGGGGGAAUAAAUAGCGAAGAGCUUGAAUUACUGAGGAAGAAAGAAGAGGAAGAGAAAAAGAGAGAAACUGAACAGAAAAAACUAAAAGUUGAGGAGAUAAGGCGGAUAGAAGAAGAGCAGAAGAGGAAGAGAGAAGAGGAAGAAAAUAGAUUGAGGCAAAGAGAAGAAGAGGAAAAAAUAUUGUUAGCUGAGGAGAUAAAGAGAAAGAAAGAAGAGGAGGAGGAAAGGAAGAGAAGCGAGGAAGAACAGCAGAGAUUAAAGGAUGAGGAGUUGAGAAGGCAAAAAGAGGAGAGAAAAAGAAGAGAAGAGGAACAAAGAAGCAUAAAAGAUGAAGAACUAAAGAGGCAGAAAGAAGAAGAAGAUAAGCAACGGGAGGAAGAACAACGAAAAAAGAAGGAGGAGGAGAUAAAAAAGCAGAGAGAAGAAGAACAAAAGUUAGAAGAGGAGGUAAAGAAAAAAGCAGAGGAAAACCAACAAAGGCAAAAGAGAGAAGAAGAACAAAAAAUAAAAGAAGAGGAAAAGAAAAAAGCAGAGGAAGAGGAGCAAAGACAAAGGAGAGAAGAAGAACGAUUAAUGGAAGAAGAGAAAAAGAAAAUAGCAGAGAAAGAACAGCGCAGACAAAAGGAUGAAGAGCUGGAAAAGCAAAGAGAAGAGGCACAAAAGUUAGAAGAAGAGGAAAAGGUAAAAAGAGAGGAAGAACAAAAUAGUUUGAAAGAAGCAUUAAAGAAGCUAAAUGGAGAAGAGCGUACGACGAUAGAAGAAGCUGAAAAACCAAAAAAAGAGGAAGAACAAAAAAAGUUGGAGGACGAAAAAGUGAACGGGCAGAGUGAAGGAGAACCGAAGGAAAUAGAAAGUGAAGGGAAAAUUUUAUCAGAGAGCGAUGAUAGGAAGGAGGAUGAGCCAACCGAAUGCUCCUUUAGUUCUGCUGACCACACUCGUAACACGCCUUCUCCUGAUCAAGACAGCCAGGUGACCCGCCCUUCCUACCUUCCGGGUUACUGGAGCCCUACCAAUCCUACUGGAAUGAAACUAUAUACUUUCGAAUUCAUAUUCGCUUUCAAGACCCUCGUGAAGAGCAAACCUGCAGGUCUCAUGGACGAUCCGGAAAUAAGCCAGCAGCGUGGGCUCGUCUCCUCUCAUUCGCGCAUGAGACGCUUGGAGGCCCCACAAUUUCGACAGCACUAUAGUCACCCAGCCCAGUCACAUGGCUUACUGCGGGGCUCCAUGGCGGGCAGGGGCGUCAGGCAGGCCAGGACAGACAGACAGCUUCCGCCUUUGAGUAACCCCCAACCUGUUCAUACUUCUGGAGAGGAUUGCUGGAAGCCUUCAGUGCUGCCCGGGAAGAUGACUAACCUUAGAAAUUUGAGUAAAGAGGAAAGAAAAGAAUUAAGCGAUCAGAAGAUAUUUAAGCAGUUGACCAUUACACUUAAUAAGUUAUCAUAUGAAAACUACGGACGUCUUAGUGCGGAGAUUAAGUCCAUGAAUAUAAACACUCGAGAACAAAUCACUAAACUUGCUGACCUAAUAUUUAACAAAGCGUUGGAAGAAAGGCCGUACUGCGCCAUGUACGCUCGGCUCUGCUUGGACCUUCACGAGCACUAUGAGAAAUAUUUGAAAUCACUGAAUAAGCCAUAUUCGAUGGAAGACACCUUCAGGGGUAUACUCCUGCAGCGUUGCCAGGCCGAGUUUGAGAGUGAAAAGAAAGGUCUUAUCCAAACGGCCUAUACAGUCGCAGCAGAGGACGAGGACGAGAAAAUUGUACGCGCCAAAUAUCGAAUGCUGGGCAACAUCCAGUUUUCUGGCGAACUUGUGAAACUGGGGAUGAUCUCCACUUCCGUCAUAUACUCGUGCAUUGAGGAGCUUUUGUUAUUUAAAAAGCCUGAAUUCCAGGUCCCCUCCUUGGAGUCCAUAGAGAGUCUCCACCACCUGCUUCUCACCGUUGGGUCGACUCUUGACAGGAAAUGCCCUGAUAGGCUAGACAACUACUUUGCACGCAUAAAGAAAUUAUCAGAAUCAGAGCAGCUCCCUAUGCGGUUCCGUUUUAUGCUGCAGGACGUUAUCGAACUUCGUGCUAACCGCUGGAACAAAACUGGCAAGCCACCUGCAUCUAAGCCCUCCGGCGAAAUCUCGGGGGGUUUUGCAGAGGAGAGGCAAAAGGCGGCGGGCUUAAACGAUGCAAAUCUCGUAAGCAUGAGCUCUUGGCAACAGCAGACUUUUCGUUCGAACGUGAAUAUUUCCAAGAACGAGUGGAAUCAAGUUCAUCGCCGCACUUAUAUGCAUGAUCCCAAUAGAAAACUUGUUCCUGGCGCCGGCAGGAUGGAAAGCCGUAUGUACCACGGCGGCCAGCAGCAAGGCAUGAAACCCACAUUGCAGCCCGGCAACUCGUUCUCUGCCUUGCUGCUGCCAACGGCUGCCCAGUCGCAACCUCAGCUCCUCCGACAGCCCCAGAAGCAGCGCAUGCCCUCCGGAUCCUCCCAGCGACCUCCGCCUCAUCUCCGGGCCACCGUCUCCGACACUACGCUGAAUCAGCCACACUUUUUACCGGAUAUCCUUUCGGACGAGGCCAAGUUGUCCUUGUCUCCGGAUGAAUUUGCACUGAUCGACAAAACCACGCAAGUCAUCUUUGCCGAGUACAUGGAGCUCGAUGACUUGCAAGAAGCCAUCGAGUCCUUCGAUACUGAGAUCAAGGAUAGCCAGAAUAAUUAUCACGCGGUCGUUGAAAGCUUGAUCCUACGAAACGUGGCGAAACCCAAAACGGCCCACCGAGCAUCCGACCUGAUCGUCAAGCUGAUGAUGCACAAGAAGAUCAGACCUGAGCAGUUUUGUCGCGGCUUUAACAGUGUGUUGCUGACUAUCGAAAAGGACGAAUUGGCUAUCGACGCUCCACUCGUACUCGUAAACAUGGCCGAGUUUGCCACAGAGGCCGUACUUCAGCCAACCACGGGCCUCACUUUUGCGCUAUUUGUGGAUAGUCUCAGCCGGGAGCAGCCUAACCAAGACAGCGAGCAGGGACAGGUGCUUUUCCACAGCUUAAACCAUCUCAGUAAAAAGAAUAAGGCUUUGGCCGAAGAGAUAUCGAAGACUGUUGCUAUUGACUGGAAACUGUAUAUUGCUCCCGAAUCGACAGAAGAUGACUUCAAGCAGCGAAUGGGAUUCGGUUCGUAAUUUUGCAGAUUUAUUGUAUAUAUAUUUAUUUAAAUUAGAUGAAAGUAUUAACAAGAGUAUGCAAAAUAAAGUGG